CUAUGUCUUUGGUUGCCAUGGCCGUGCCGACGUCCCGUGUGGCCUGACAUGGCAAAUGUCACCAAUCUAUACUUGGACAUUGAGCCAACAUUACAAGGAGGAGUAUGGCGACGAAGGAUGUUGCAUGGCUCCCCAGCGGCCUCCGCAAUGGCGGUGGGUGGUCGAAAAGAAUGGUCCAGGAGGCAGCUGCUGCAGCGCCCUUUCGAGGAGCUGAUGACUCGCUCCGCCUCAGAGUCGCUGUCGUUGCCACGGCAGCGCUUCAGUCACAGUGAAACUUCCUCGAUGACGCUGUCGCAUCAUUUGCCACAGAUCCCUGGGCAAGCAGGGCGUGCCCCUCGAAUGUCCAUGGCGCAGAGGUCCAAUUCCAGGCUGGGGUCCAAUACGUCGCUGCAGAAUCUCAAUUUGGCGGACGUGCUGCAGGCCGAAGGAGAGGACGGCGAGCUGGAGGUGGACACCUUGCAGGGAAGCAAGGAUCAGUCGAUGUCAGGAGGCGCUUCUCCCUUUGGCCAAAGUACUGGUGAAAUGGACUUUGGCCUCGAUAAGCGUGGCAGCUUUCAGGGAGCUAUGGCUCGCAACCAGAGUCCGCGAUCACAGUGGGCCAAUACACUUGAAGCAGCGCUGGAGGAAGCAGAUGUGCAACUUCUCUUCCGCUUGGAUCUUCCCCUGAUGGUGAAGGCGGUGGCCGAUGGGGAAAUCCACUCGCUGAAGGAAGUGACACCUCCCAGGUGGAAUCAGAUGAAGGUCAUGGCCAUGGACUUUCUGGAGGAGCUGGAGAGGAUUGGCACUUGCCGCCCUGGACAAAGGGCGUCUCUUAAGGUGGUGUCUGACCUCUACGACUGUUUGGAGGAGCAAGGCUGCAAUCAAGGCUUUGAUGCUUUGUGCAAGUCCUUCACUUUCCUGUUUGGAGGUUUGGAAGAGGUGCAGAAGGUCUUGGAUGUGAACAAGAAUGGGUUAUUGAGCACAACCGAAUUCUCGAUGGCCAUGUGCCUUUCGGGCCUUGAUCUGGGCGUGAUUUGCGGGCUCGAUGAGCGGGAGAUCUUCUUGGCUGUUGAUGUGAACCACUCGGGAUCCAUUAGCAUCGAGGAGCUACUGAGAUUUUGCGCCAGCAAACCUGCGGAGACCAAGUUGAGCAAGGCUGAUCGCGCGAAAAAGGAACGAGAGAGGAAAGCCGCUGCUGCAAAGUCCAGCAAGAGCAAAAUGAACACGACAGCAAUCAUUGAACAGGCUGGUUUGAAGGUGGUUCAAGAGAAAGAAGUUCAAGGCGUGCGCUUCCAAGCCAUGGUUGUUCCAAAGCAAAGCUCCAGUAACCUGACUCCUUCAGCAACGGGUGCCGGUGUAGGCAUGGAUGUGAUGCUGGAAGAGUUGGAUGAAGAGGAGAUCGAUGACAUGCUCGAAGUCCUUGCGCAAGAGGAGAUUCUACGGGCUCAGGCCAAAUGGAUCUGCGUCUCGCGCUGGCUGGCCUCCGUGCUAGGAGCUUCCAGUUUGGAAAAUGAAGGGCAAGAACGCGCCAAAACUUGGGAAGAUGAACGGCAGCAGGCCUAUGAUGCGGUGGAGCAGGCAGUGCUGGUUCCAAUGGCAGCAGCACUUCCCGCAGUCUUCACAGCCCAGGACUCGGGAGCUGUCUCCGGUUCCAUGGAGGAGGAUGCCUCCAAACCCACAGCUCUUCUGGCGGGUGAAGAGCUGGACCAUCAGCUGGAAAAGCUGUUCCAAGAGGAAGCCACUGAGGAUGGCGGCAGAAAGAUCCUGGACAGAUCUGCCACCCGUCAUUUCUUCGAAGAUCUCAUGCUGGCGGACUUCAAGUGGCACCAGAAGUUGCGCAUGGUGAUCCUGGACAGGCUGUAUGAUGAUACCCUGAACAUCCAGAAGGAGGAAAGUGGCUUGGCCAAAGGCCUGACCUUUCGGUCCUUGAAGGUGGUCCUGCACCGUAUGCUGCGGGAUCACGCGGAACACUGGAUGGAGUCCUUCAGGACAAACAUCGAACGUCAAAUGAACAAGCGAAACAAAGCUGCACCUGGUAAACCAAGUCGCCCCGGUCGCCCUUGAAGGCCAAGAAGCCGAAGACCGCGAAUCCAGUUGAGAGUGCCAGUGCGGACCAUGCCACAGCUGCCCCUUUAUGGGGGCAGUUGUCAAGGUGGCAAAAGCAUGUUUUUUUCUUUGCCAAGGUCCGAAAACUAUCUCAAGCCUCUCACAAAGUGAGACAAAGAGUUGAGACAGUGACGCGUCCGGCCGUGCAAGUUGAAAAGGACUUCAGGUCUGAGACGGUCGACCAUUACUUGGUCAAAA